GGUAACAGAAAAUGAAGAGGAAAAAAGAUAUGGGUGGAGAUGUGGAGGUAGGCGUUCAGAAUCAAGGAGAGACAUAUUUUCUUUUUUAAAAUCUCAACGAGGGAGGGAUCCCUCUCUGAGUGCUUAAAGAGUCGACACACGGUCCUCCUUGACACACAUUCCAAGUCAGCCCCACAUCUCCACAACUGACCCUGUUUUCACUGGACGACCCACAGCUGCAUCAUGGGAAAACAGAAGGCGCUUAUGGACAAGCUCGCAAGGACCUUUCAGGUCCGUCACAUGCUGCUACGCCAGGCUCUGGCAGAGUGCCUGGGAACCCUGAUACUGGUGAUGUUUGGCUGUGGUGCGGUGGCCCAGCUGGUGCUAAGUGGUGGCUCCCAUGGAAUGUUCCUUACCGUCAACUUUGCCUUUGGCUUCGCAGCUACACUGGGCAUCCUGGUCAGCGGACAGAUCUCAGGAGGCCACCUGAACCCAACGGUGACCUUCGCCCUCUGUCUAUUGGGGAGAGAACCUUGGAGGAAAUUCCCUGUGUUUUUCUUGUUCCAGACUAUAGGGGCUUUCCUGGGAGCUGGGAUCAUAUUUGGCAUGUAUUUUGAUGCGUUGUGGGACUACGGCCAAGGAACACUGAUCGUUGUGGGGGAGAAUUCCACUGCUGGGAUCUUUGCCACAUAUCCCUCCAAACAUCUCACUCUGGUUAAUGGAUUCUUUGACCAGAUUAUAGGCACAGCAGCUCUGAUCGUGUGUAUCCUGGCCAUCGUGGACCCCUACAACAACCCCAUCCCCCGGGGCCUGGAGGCCUUCACGGUGGGGUUUGUGGUGCUGGUCAUCGGCCUGUCAAUGGGCUUCAACUCGGGCUACGCUGUCAACCCUGCCAGGGACCUGGGCCCACGCAUCUUUACUGCCCUGGCUGGCUGGGGUGGUGAGGUCUUCACGGCUAAUGCCUACUGGUUCUUUGUGCCAAUCUUUGCCCCCUUCAUUGGUGCAGUGUUGGGGGUGAUGGUGUACCAGCUGAUGGUGGGGUACCAUGUGGAGGGAGAAGCACGAGAGAAGAAGGAAGAGGAGGAGAAGGAGGAGCAAGAUGAAAGGCUCAAAUUGUCCAGCCUAACUACCAAGGACAGUGCAUGAGUUCAUGAAUAUUUUACCGUGACCCAUUUUAAACACUCUUUAUGUAAAUAAUAUAUAUGUGUGUGUAGUACACUCUUAGAAAAAAUGGUUAUUUGACUGUCCCCAUAGGAUAACCCUUUUGGGUUCUACAUGGAACCCAAAAGGGUUCUUCCAAAGGUUCUCCUAUGGGGACAACAACUUUCUUUUCUAAGAGUGUAUCUUUUUAUAGAUUUUAUAUCUUGCCUUGAUUACAAACACAUUUCCUUGUGGGUAUUAUUAAAGUAUAACUUCUCAAUCAAUCAA